AUGCGGGGGGCGGAGGUGAUGCCCGACGUCUUCUUACCUACAUGUGCUGGGAUCAGCGCGUGCGAGAAGGGCGAGCAGUGGCAGCGAGCGCUGGCGCUGCUGAGCGAGAUGCGGGAGGCGAAGCUGGAGCCCGACGUCAUCUUCAGCUACAGCGCUGGGCUCAGCGCGUGCGAGAAGGGCGAGCAGUGGCAGCGGGCUCUGGCGCUGCUCCGCGACAUGCGGGAGGCGAAGCUGGAGCCCAGCGUCAUCCUCAGCUACAACGCUGCGCUCAGCGCGUGCGAGAAGGGCAAGCAGUGGUGGCGGGCUCUGGCGCUGCUCAGCGAAACUUGGGAAGCGAAGCUGGAGCCCGACGUCAUCUUCAGCUACAGCGCUGUGAUCAGCGCGUGCGAGAAGGGCGAUCAGUGGCAGCGAGCUCUGUUGCUUCUCAGCGAGAUGCGAUUGGCGAAGCUGGAGCCCAACGUCAUCUUCAGCUACAGCGCUGGAAUCACCGCGUGCGAGAAGGGCGAGCAAUGGCAGCAGGCGCUGGCGCUGCUGAGCGAGAUGUGGGAGACGAGCCUUAAGCCCGACGUCAUCAGCUACAGCGCUGGGAUCAGCGCGUGCCAGAAGGGCGAGCAAUGGCAGCGGGCGCUGGCGCUGAUGAGCGAGAUGUGGGAAGUGAAAUUGGAGCCCGACGUUAUCGGCUGCAGCACCGGGAUCAGCGCGUGCGAGAAGGGGGAGCAGUGGCAGCGGGCCCUGGCGUUGCUCAGCGAGAUGUGA